AUAUUUCCCCCCCCUGCGUGAAUUUUUUUUAAAAAAGGGGGGGCUGUCUCGGUCAGAAGGGAAAUGGCGGGGGGUUAAAAAUGGAGUAGUUGUUGUCACGGCCCCCGCCAGGGGUGGGCGCUGUUCCGGCCUUGCCAUGCCCAUCAUCCCCAGCCGGGCGUCAGUCUGUCCUCUUCUCCCCUCCCCGCAGGAAGGAUAUCGCCCUGACCCUGUUGGCCCCGGGGUGCGGGGGUGGCUGAGUGAAGGCGGCGGAACGCCCUCAGUCUGUUGCAGCUCAGGGCGCCGGGCGGAAGCGUUGCUCUCCUUGGCUUCGCUCCUGCGGCGGCCUCGGAGGUAGGCCCCGGGAAGGACCGGGCGCUGCUGUAGCCCAGGAGCACCCGCGGGUGCUUCCUGCCAGUUUUGGAGCACGGCUCGCUGGCUGGCCAUGGGCCCUGCCGGCUGGGGCUGAGAGACGCUCGGUUGCUUCUCUGCCGCGGAACAAGGUUCUCCGGUGAGUCUGGGAACCCGCGUGGAGACCCGGGGCUGCGGCUCCUCCUUUCCUGCUCCUAACACGGUGGAGCUGAUCGCGCCAGGAGCGGCGGACCGAAGGAGGAGUCCGCCCGUGCUCUUCCGCAGUCCGAACUCUGGCUGUUGAGGGCGAAGGCCUUGCCUCCAUGCAGGGUUUGCCUCAUCCACCACGUUUCCUCCUGGUCGGGGAAGGAAACUUCUCCUUCUCGGUCCAUUUGUAUGAAGAAAGGGGCACUGAGAUCCAUAUUACUGCAACCUGCUAUGGUAGUGAGGAGUCUCUAUCUGGACAAGCUUUUGCCAAGUCCAACAUACAGUUUCUGAGAGACAAAGGUGCUGAAGUCUACUUUUCUGUCAACUGCACAAAACUGAAGGAAUACUUCUUGCCAGCUGUGAGGAAUUUUGACCGUAUUUAUUUUAAUUUCCCUCAUUGUGGAAAAAAGGCGGGAAUAAAAAAGAACAGGGAGCUUCUUGCCAAGUUUUUCUGUAGCUGUGCAGAUGUUCUGGCAGAGAAAGGAGAGAUCCACGUGGCACUUUGCAGAGGACAAGGGGGGACCCCUGCAGACCACCCUGUGCGGGAGUGGCACAACAGCUGGCAAGUCGUGGAGAUGGCAGCAGAAGCAGGAUUUAUCUUGAGCGGCAUUCAGCCAUUUAAUAUCAGGGAUGCUGGUGGAUAUAAAUGUACAGGCUACAGGAAUCAGGAUAAAGCUUUCUGCAUAGAAGGAGCUGUGAAUCACAUAUUCACCCAGAGUAUGCCAUUUCUGCAUUCAAGACCUUUGAUUUGCGAAGUGGAGCUAGAAGGCAAAAUAGUUCCCUGCCAAGUUCCACAGAUAUUUCUAGAUAAGAUAAACAGGAACUACUUAGAUAUUAAUUCGAAGCAUCCUGUAAGAACUAUAAAUGAAAAACUAAUUGAUGAGCUCGGCAGAUCUUUCCCAGUUCAGAAGGUGAAUUCUUCACUUCCUUUGGUAUACGAACACAGUUCUGCUUCUCCUUCUGCAGCAGAUAUCCUUUGGAUGGUUCCGGUUGCCAAAAGACACUCCAAAAUUAAGUCUAUGGCUACUAAAAGUGACACAGAGAUGUUUCUUCCUUCAGGCUUCCCUAACUGGGAAGGAACUGAUCAGGAUCGUGAUUUGAGUUGGACCUUGGGACAAUAUUAUCUUCGACCUUCCCUGUUGAUUUUUCUUCAUUCUAUUAUAAAGCAGACAGACUUUUCUUCUCGGACUUUGUUGGCCCUCAGUGGGCUGGCCUUUAAAAAAUGUAAGCUCUCUGCUCACGUUCCCCCCAUCUUCCAUGAGGCCAUCUUUGUCUGUGCAGUUAAGAAAGACUUAGGGGAUGCGCAGCUCCUGAUAAAAAACCUCACAGAUACAUUAAACUCUUUACUCCAAUCAUCAGGUUUUAAGUUGAACUCUCUGAACCAGGAGCCAGAAGCCAGUCCACAGAAUACCUUUCUAUCUUCUUCAGAACUCUUUCUGCACACACCAAAAUAUGGUGUGACUGUGAGCUGCGAGGGCUUUGAUUCUGGCAUAAAGGAACUUUGUGUUGGAACAAUAAGUACCAUUCCAUGGCAGCCUUCAAGUGUUAAUCAAGAGAUUGUUUGCAUUUCUUUGAACCUUGAUCUUCUGGCUAUGUGCAUAUGUAGAAUUUCUGACUGGCGCAUGCUCUGGACUUCAGAUGAACGUUUUGCAAACCAGUUUGCGGGGGGGCAUUUAGGCCUUUUCCAGAACUUUUCCCUCCAUCCACCAACCUACGUGCAUGACAUCAGCUUCUGGGUUCCAGAAACAGAAACAUUCAAUGAAACCCAGUUUCAUGCCAUUGCCAGGUGCGUGUCUUUGGAAACGGUUGUGUCUGCCCAGCUGCUUGACAGUUUUCAGCACCCAGGCACAGCACAAACCAGCCUGUGCUACAGGCUCGUUUACCAGUCUUGCGACAAAGCGCUCGAUCGCCACCAGGUGGCUGCCAUGCAGAUGGAGCUUAGGAAAGAACUACAGCAGUGUCUGCGGGUGAUUGUUAGGUAGGAAGAUGGGGAAGAAAACGUGGCAGAGAGUAACUUUUGCCCCAAACCAGCAUGUUGGUUCUUGUGAGCUGUCUGGAUGUUACAAUGAGAGGUCUGUGUGAGUGCUUUUACCUCACGUCACACCAUGCCAGCUCUGUGGCACCACAUCGUUUUUCUCCAUGCUGUUCCUUAGGUUGGGAGUUGUAUAAACUGAGGACCUUGGAAGUUGCUAUCGCAACACACGUCAGAAGGGGGAAAUGGUUAAAAACAUGAGAAGUAAUCCUGUUAGCUAUAUGGAAGAUUUAAAUUUAAUAUAAUUGUAAAUUAAAUUUAGUUUUGGCCUUGCUCCUCCCACUUCUGGGCCCACCUGCGUUUGAGAAUAUCAUGUCACACAAAGACUAAGGGAAGCCUUUGUUACCCCCUGCUUUAGGUAAUAAAAGUGAGGCAGUUUAAACCUGAUU